UCUGGAGUGACAUAAUGGAAUUUUUAGGGCUAGAAAGCGAUCGAGGUCUGGCGCUGCGCAUAGCAGCCGUGCCAUCGGGAAAAGACAAUAUCAUUCGCGCGCUGAAGAGACACAUCAGAGCCCCUCAGGCACAACAGCACAAGUGGUCGACUGAUAGCGUGACUGAUACGUAAAAAGGGGAAGAGGAAACAGGAUCAGCUGAUUUCCUCAUGUUUGGAUUGGGAUUGCUGAUAGAUCAUUAAUGCGUAACGCUCAACACUCCCUCAUGUGAGGGUGUAGAAUGGAAACAACCCUCUACCCAGGCACCGUGAACACUCCGAGGUUCUUCAGCAUCUAUUCGCAGAGCACGAUGAUGAAGAAGGACAUUAAUCUGAACCUGGACGACCACAACUCCGAGCUCAAAUCAAACCCGCUCCGGGACACAGACGGACUCCUCAACUCCCCGGACUUGGGGCUCUUGAAGCUAACCACUCCGGACCUGGAGCGCCUUAUCAUCCAGUCGAACGGUCUGGUCACCACCGCCAACCCGGCCUCCCACUUCCUCUACCCGAAGUCCGCCAGUGACGAGCAGGAGUUCGCGGAAGGUUUCGUCAAGGCGCUGGAGGAUCUUCACAAGCAGAAUCAGCUGAGCGAGGCGGGGUGCGUCUCCGUGGACAGACUGGAGCUCCUCGGAUCAGCCAACGCAGUGGGCUCCGGCGGGCUCCAGGCAUCAGACCUUCCUGUUUACACUACUUUGAACGGCUAUGCGGCCAGUCCGCUCGGAGCCACCUCCAUCAACUACUCCACGGACAUCAUCCCCUUCCCUCCGCCUCAUCUGGUCAGCGCGCAGCAACAGGCGGCUGCCGCGGCCGCUCUGUCUCGACUCCAAUCUGCCGGUUUGGUGAAGGACGAGCCUCAGACUGUACCAGACAUGCAGAGCUUCGGGGACAGCCCCCCGCUGUCUCCUAUUGACAUGGACAACCAGGAGCGCAUCAAGGCGGAGAGGAAAAAGCUGCGGAACAGGAUAGCCGCCUCCAAAUGCCGCAAGAGAAAACUGGAGAGGAUCUCUCGGCUGGAGGACAAGGUCAAGAACCUGAAAACGCAAAACACCGAGCUGGCCUCCACAGCCAGCGUCCUCAGGGAUCAAGUGGCCCAGCUGAAGCAGAAGGUGAUGAACCAUGUCAGCAGCGGAUGUCAGCUUUUACCAAACCAGGUCCAGGCUUACUAAAUGCCAGUAAUGGAGCUCUUCAUGGAUGUUUAUACGGCUCUUAAGUAUGCGCCGAGGAUGCAGGCCUGUAUAAAGCGGAACAUUUGCCUUUUGUAACACAAAAUCCUUAUCAGAGAAUUGAUAUGAGGCCAUUGUAAGAACAUGCCUGUAACUGAGGAACAGAAGACAUUUGCACAGCACAGUGCAAAACACGGACCUUGAUGAGAGCCACAAGUCUAUUGGAAUAAUGACAGGUUAGCCAGCAGCAGGUGUGGCCUGCCAGCCUCUUCUGAUUCCUGAACAUCUGGCAGUGUUAUGCAGCAAACCGACUUAUUUUGUUGCCCUCAUUUUAUUUGGGAAGCCAUGUAGCAAACUGCUGGUGUGGGAUAGCGUUUAUAUGCGUGUAAGCGGGACAAUCUCAAGACGAGUGCAACCAAACACCAGGGUGUCACCAAGUGCUGUCACCCAAUGUGUAAUAUAAUGCCUUACUUGUUUACAAGCACUUAGUAAUGACAAAUAUAUAUUUUAUUUACUGAAAUAUUUCUUAUUUUACAUAUGGUCUUACUUCUCGUUUUUUCUUUUCUUUUGUUGCAAAAAUGAACACUGCAUGUCUUGUUGCUUUUGUGUACAGUAACUAUUGUAUUUUUCAUUAUGGUGGCUGCUGUGUAGUUCUUCAGUCACCAAACGUCCAUGAAUGUAUGUGUACGUGCUGAGAAACCCCCCCUAUCUACCCAUGUGUAAUGGACUCUCAAGUCUCUACCUGACAUUUAUUAAAUUCACUACAUUACUAAAGCUCACGUGUUCUGUUUCUUACUGAGCGGGAGGCCCUGCUUGCUUUAUUUAGUUCAAAGGAACAUUUGCUAGAAUUCAUAACUUUGCAUGUGUCUUCUAUUUUACAGUUGGCACUGUGAGUGUUGUGUUAAGUGCAGUGGGGGAAAGCUGAACCAAACCAUAGAUGGUCAAACAACUCUGAGGGUAAACAAGACAUUAUUGCAGCGUCGUGCCCUCUGCUGGGCAAAAUACAACCUACUCUGAACCUUUUUCUCUAACAUCACAUGUGCACUUUUUGUAAAUAAUUGUUGGAACCAACGUACAACUCGCAGCUUUUAGAAUUUGUUUAUUGAUUCCUCAUUUUAGCAAAUCUGACAUUACAGAAUUACAGCACAAUUCACACAACUAAUAGCCGACAGGCAGAAAAGUCCUAUUUACAAGAGUUAUUUAUGGGGAGGGAGGAAGAAGAAGAGGAGGAGAGCUGAACAGGAUCGAGAAGUGUUCCUAAGUCACUGGCAAGUUUACAUCUGUAGCAAAACACAAUAAAUAAAGUAACAAAAGUCAAAAGUGAACCACUGCAGUAAGAAUCAGCGUUUUAACAAAGUGUUCAGAGUAUUCCCUUUACUUCCCAGUUUCCCUCUUUGAAACUCCUGCACAGAGAAGGAAAACAUUACCGCACACGUUAGUGCAAGUCUCACAAAAGUCUAAUGUUGAGAUGACUUCAGAAAGAACAAUUGUUAAGCCUUUACAGAAACUGUACAUUCGCUAACCCGCGUACAUUACAAACCUUCAGCAGGAUAGUACAUUGCUCAUAUUUGGGUGUGGAGAGAAAUGACUCCUAUUGCUCUGAGAGAACAGUCUGCUUUUACACUACCAAGUCUUGGAAGUUACAUAACUGAUAUCAAAAGACAAACAAACUUCCCACCAAAGCUGUGCUGAUAUAAUAAGAGACUCUUAAACUGGAAACUAGAGUUUAAGCAAUCGAAUACUAUUGAACAUCUCCUUUAAAAAGUAUGGUGCAGACUGCAAUGCAUAAUCUAGGAAGAACAUCAU